AUGAGUGCUUCAACUAAAACCUCUAAAAUUACACAAUCUUCUGUACUUAUUUGUGAUGGACUUCCUGUAGGAAUUCCUGUUGCUUCAGUUCCUAAAUUAACGUUAUUCUUAAAAAGAAUGGUAUUAGUAAAGAAUGGAGCAGAAUUAUCAGACCAACCAAAUAAUGUACAAGUUUUUGUUGAUGAAACAAGUCAAAAAACUACAGGAAUUGGGUUUAUUGAUUUUAAAGAUGAUGAAGCAGCAAUUAAAUUUAAAACAAGAUUUGUUGAAUUGAAAUUCGAUAAUAAAAACACAUUAAAAUUUUAUACUAAAAAAGAGAUUGAUGAAAUCUUAAAAGAAAAUGAUGAAUAUACACCAUUAGUCUUUCAUCCAAUUGAAGAUGGUAUAAUCCAAGCAUUCCAAAAGAAAUAA